GUUCAGUUUUGAAUCAAGCAGUCGUCCAUCAUGCAGCAGGUUGCCCGUCGCGCGUUCUCAUCCAAGACGAUCCCUGAAAUCACCCGCGUGGGUAUGGUUGGCAUGGGCUUGAUGGGCCACGGUAUUGCUCAGACGGCCGCCACAGCAGGAUACGACGUUAUCGCGGUGGAUACGAACCAAAAGGGGCUGGAUGCAGGGUUAAAACGCAUCGAAGGAUCCUUGGAGAAGAUCCAUGCGCGUCAAAUCAAGAAGGGCGAUAUGACGGAGGAUCAAGCGAAGGAUCUAUUUGCUUCGAUCAUGGGUCGCAUUCACGGCACGAUCGACAAGAAAGACUUGGCGCCAUGUGAUUUGGUGAUUGAGGCGAUUAUCGAAGACAUGGACAUCAAAAAGUCGUUUUACAAAGAACUGGGUCAAAUCGUCAAGCCUUCUGGCAUCUUAGCGUCCAACACGUCGUCCCUUCCCAUCGGCGACUUCGCCGGUAGCUCUGGCCGCGCCGACAAGGUCGUGGGGCUUCAUUUCUUCAACCCCGUACAACUGAUGAAGCUCGUGGAAGUUGUCAAGACUGACUUGACGGACCCAAACGUGUUUGACGUGGCCAAGCGCUGGGCCGUGUCGGUCGGGAAGACCCCCGUGAGCUGCAAGGACACCCCUGGGUUCAUUGUUAACCGAUUGCUGGUCCCGAACUUGGUCCAAGCGCUGCAGCUUCUCGAGCGCGGCGACGCGUCCAUGGAAGACAUCGACAUCAGCAUGCAACUGGGCGCGGGACACCCCAUGGGCCCGAUCACGCUGGCCGAUUACAUUGGGCUGGACACGAUUCUGUUCAUUUUGGAAGGCUGGGUCCAAAAGUAUCCAACCGAACCGUCGUUUGUCGUGCCCACAAUUUUGAAGCAAAUGGUCCAAGAUGGCAAGUUGGGACGUAAGGCUGGUCAAGGCUUUUACAAGUGGAAUGGAGACAAGCGUGUCUAAUUCUCCGUCGAUUGUUUGCAUACGGUAGCUAUUCAAUACAAGGACGCUUCAUAUCUUCUUCGACCUGUUUGCCACGCAACGUAGAUGGCCAGUUUAUGGUGCACGGGGCAGUUUAAGGUACACUCAAAUUGGCCAAUGGAAUUGCUUGAAUUUUGGAGUAGCCAAUCGAAUCAUUAGAAAAAUGAAAUCACUAAAACCUACGCAAAAACAGCAUACAUAUUUUAAGCUUAAACCGUGCACCAUAAACUGUCCUUCC